ACACGGAAGCGGAGGCGCCCUAUUAAAAGUUGGCCACUGUUUACCCCAUGUUACUACUACUUUAUACACUAUUACAGUCGCUGCUAACAUAUCUUUCUAUGCAAAGUGUGAACACCGAGCCGGAGACGAGAUGAAGGCGCUGCUGUUGCUGAUUGUUGCCGUGUGUGUGAAGUUUGAGCCGGGCAGAGGAGACUAUUCCUGCGCCCACUCCCCACGCACCUGGUGCUCUUCUGUGGAGGCUGCAGUCCGCUGUGGGGUCUUGCAGCAGUGUCUAGAGGCUAACUUCACGCGGGAGCGGCAGACAGCAGAGCCGGUGAAGGUAGAACUGUACUACGAGAGCCUGUGUCCUGCCUGUAGGAACUUCAUUGGAUCCAUGCUCUACCCCACCUUUGUGCUGCUGGGGGACAUCAUGGACCUGACACUGGUCCCCUAUGGCAACGCUCAGGAGUCUUUUGAUGGAGGGAAAUAUAUUUUUAAAUGCCAGCAUGGAGAGCAGGAGUGUUUGGGUAACAUGAUCGAGGCCUGUAUGCUGAACCUGACCAGCUCUGAUGCUUUUCUCCCAAUCUACUGCAUGGAGGCUUCCAGGGAUGUUGUGAAGGCGGCCCAACCGUGUGUGGAAUUGUUUGCGCCAGACCUGAGCUGGGAGCGGCUGAUGAAAUGUGUGAAUGGCGACUUGGGAAACCAGAUCAUGCACCAAAAUGCCCUAAAGACCCAAGCAUUGAAGCCUCCUCACAAUUAUGUGCCCUGGAUCACCAUCAACGGGGUUCACACAGAGGACCUACAGGACAAAGCCUUCUCUGCUCUUGUGCCUCUUGUGUGUAACAUGUAUAAGGGUGAGAAGCCUGCUAUUUGUGGAGGGGCGGGAAGACGUUUCAAAAGCUACUGUCAAAAGUGAAGAGUAGCACAUUUUUAGCUGAAAACUCUACCUGAGCCAUAUGGGAAUGGAUCAAAGGGAAUCUUAUACCAUGUACCUUUAAUAUGGAAAACAUUUUUAAUAUACAUAAAGUACUCAUUAGGGA